CGUAUUAUAAUAUUAUUGUUGUAUUUAUUAUUAUCUGUUACGAUGAUGUGCACGCGAGUGUUUUCCAUUCGUUUGCAGAUUUACUACAAAUAAUAUCCCGGAUCUGAUGUUUGUUAACCUUUUGAUGAAAACAACCAUCGUCAUCAUUUAUGAACAUAACACGGUAGCGAAUGGUACCCGCAUAUUAUAAUUAAUAAUAAUUUAAACUGUAAUUUAUUUCUCAACCAAUACCUGCUAUACCUAUGUGCAAUGAAACACCACGUCACGUAUAACGACAAUAACAGUACGAUACAAAACCGCGAUGAAGACUCGUCGUUCUCUUGCAAGUAAUAAUACAAUAUUGUAAUAUUUUAUGGAUAACUAGUGUACCCACUCAUAAUAAUAUUUUGUUUUAUUAUUGUUUUUUGUCUAUAAACAACUUUUUAAAAAGAAAACUUGCUCCGAUGUAUCAAGUUGGUAUACCUCUUUUUCUGAAAGAAAAUGUUAUCUAGUUAUUAAUACAUAAGAAAGGUCACCUUUUGAUUUUCCAAAGGGGUUUUCAAAAUAAUUGGGGAAAAACUCGAAAGCAAAUAAUAGGAAAACGGCAAAUAUUUACGGCCCGCCGCGGCGUUACCGUUGUCAUUGUUUUUAGUUUCUGUAACUUAUGUUUUUCGCCAAAAUUAAUGCUCCAAUACUAAAAUGACAAUAGAUCGACUUUGUUCCUUUUAAUGUAUAGCUUCUGAUGAAGGAAGUCGCUUUUUUAUAUCCAAAGUAGUUUUCAUAAUAACUAGGAAAAUCCAAAAAAGUCGAAAAAUACGUUUAUUUUUCAAAUUAUGGUACAAUUAUUUCAUUAUUUUAAAUUUGUACGGAUAUGGUAUAAAAUAUACCAUAAAUAUUGCUUCAAUAGAAAAACAACAUGAGACCUUUUUUGUUGCAUUUUUAGCCAAGUCGGUGAGUAAGAAAAUCGUUUUUUGAUUUUCUUUGAAGUUUUUUAAGCAAACACAGGAAAAUGUACGAAAAUAAUUAUUUCAUAUUUUAAAUUUGGUUUUUUUUUAAUGUUAUUCAGUUAAAAAUAUUCGUAGAAACAGUAAAAAUGUCAACAAAAAAAUUUACAUUUUGCUUUUUCUAGAAAUGGUAAAAUUUUCAAAACGUCGAGUCAUUUUCGGGUUUAUAAAUAUUUUUAACUUUUCGAGUUUUUUUACAUCAUUUUUGUGGAUAAAAUUGUUAGACUAAACAGAAAUGCUUUAAAAUUUGACAAGAAUUUUUCAUUGUAAGUCGUACUCGGUGGUUAAAAAAAAAAUUGUAAGUGUUUAAAAAUCAAAUUUUGAUGAGAGUCGUAAAAUUACAGUUUUUUAAAACAUGUAUAACUUAACUUCGCUCCAAAUCGUUUUUUUUUGUUAGCAUUGGUUUAUCGUUGAUUACAUGUAUAAAUUACAUAACUAUGUAUCCCGCCUCCUCAGCUACCCACUUAUAACAAUGGCUGUACCCGUUUCUAGCAUCAGAUUUUUAUUUUUUUUCUACCUAUUAUUGGCCUAUCGUAGAUACGAGUUCACGUCAUUAUUAUGACGGUCGUCGAUCAUUAAAUAUAUAAUAUGUGGUUUUAUAUUGUUUUAUUAUAUAGACACAGAGAAAAGAGUUCAGAUAAAAAUAGACGACACCAUGACGACAUUUUAUUCUAUUUUGAUAUAGCGCAGCUUACAUUUUAAAGGGAUGUUAUAUGACUAUAGAAUAAAACUCGAUUAAUCCUAUACUAUAGCAAUCAAAACUUUUAUACCAAAUGUACUUUAUAAAAUACAUACUUAGGCAAUUAUAAGUAUAUGAAUAUGAAUUUAUGAAUGUCGAUUCUAUCUUUGUAUUAAUAUUAUUAUAAAACACUGUCUACUAUAAAUGUAUGUUAAAUUAAUUUUUAUUAAUUUCACCUGCAGAUGGGAAAAUUGUCAUUUGUACAUGAACAAAACAGAACUAUCGAAACACGUUAUAAACCACAUAAUCCCAGAACCUCAGGGGUUAUUUUAUUGUAAAUGGAUAAGCUGUACGAGAGGAGACCGAGCUUUCAACGCCAAGUAUUACCUAUAUAUUAUGUUAUUUUCUGAAAUUUAAUUUUUAAUUAUUAGAUAUAUUUUACACAUAUACGUAGAAGCUAUAAUGAAUACCUUUCUAUAUAAAUCAAUUUUUUUUUUCUGAUUUUAGGUACAAAAUAUUAGUUCACAUACGCACACAUACAAACGAUAAACCGCAUCAAUGUUAUACGUGUGGGAAAAGCUUUACACGAGCCGAAAAUCUAAAAAUUCACGCUCGUUCGCAUACAGGUAAGCGUACCUAUCACAAUAUCACAUUUUUGUGUUUAUUUUUAAUUAUCAAAACAAGGACUUCAUACAUCUGAAAUAAUACAUUUUACAUAGCUCAAUAUUUUACACCAAAAUACCAAAUGUUAAAAACGACUGAUUGAUUUGAACAAGAUGACGAUUUUUUUCUUUAGAAUAUUUUGUUGAAUCGCACGGGCCGUGGUGUCAAUAACUACCGUGUGACUUAUAUUACUAGUUUUGCAGUGAAGUCUAUUUAGAGAGAUUUCGACAUUUGUUCUGGUAUUAUUUUUAACCAAUAGCUUAAGUCUUGAGCGUUUGGUUAUGAUCUGUGUUGCUGUGUCUGACAAAAUGUCAAAACACCGAUAAAUACUUCGUAAACUUCGUAUAACCUAUCUGUUGUUAGUAAGUAUGUCUUCACAGAUAAGUGGUCGAAUUUUCGAUUUUCCUGUUUUCUGAUCUAUUUUUACGACUUUAAAAAUAUAUUUAUAACUAGUAAAUUACAAGUCUGAAAUUAAAAUCUUCCUAUGAAUAAGGACAAAUAUAAUUCGAGCAAAAUAAAAUAACUUAUUUCCGUAUAUGCAGUCGGAUAAUUGGUCACCAACGCAAAGUAACUAAAAUAAAAGUUUAUUUCUAUACUUCAUGGCUUUAUGGUUACGAUACUGACUGUAUUAUUUAAAUAAUUUAUAAUGUAUUCGAUCCGUUAAUGUAUACGAAAAAUUACUAAAGUGUUGUGUUUUCGAUAUCUGUUAGAUUGGAGCAUAUUCACCAAAUUUUCUGACUAAAAACGAGAAGAGGAGUUAGGCAUUUUAUUUUGCUUGAAUAUUUUGCUAUUCGUUUAAUAUAAGUAUUUCCGAUUGUCAUAUACUUUCAACGAAACAUGGAUACAUAUUUCAUGGUAAUUACGUGAAAUCAACAUUUUAUUUAAUUUUAAAAAUUAAAAGUUAAUAUUCACGAAAUCAGUUGAAAAACAGAAAAAUUACCACAGAUUAGUUUUUUGUGAGAGCAUACUAACAAAGUGUAUAGGGACUAGAUGACAUAGUUUUUGAUGUUUUCAAACUCAGACCCAACCAAAAUAUUGACUCGAGACUACAAUUGAAUAAUAAAAAAUAAUGAUACCACUGAAGCCAAGAAUAGAUUUGGUUAAAAAAAAAUAUAUAUAUACAGAAUUCAUUUUAAGAAUUCUGUGAAAGAGCAAACAUGAAAAAGGCUCCGCCUUAUUGUAUAACCGAAUAUUAUACGUAAUACCUAAUGACAAUUUUGAGUUGAAAUAUAUAUUAUAAUAUAUUAUGGUCUCGGGCAAAUGGAAUAAAAAAAUACUCGUCCGUCCCGAUUGUUUCAGUCCUACUUAAUACAAUAUAGGCUCGUGGUUCCUGUGGCGUAGUUAGGAUUAUGUCAAUAUAAAAGAGACAUUGAAUUCAAAAAUCCUAGGCUGAAAAUAAAAUUGGAUUUUUAAUAUUUUACUUGUAGUUCCGUAAGUAGUUUAUAAUUCAAUCUGCCCUAAAUUUAUCAAUGAUAUAAAAUAAGUAAUUAUUUACUUUGUUUAUUAUUUAAAUAUCUAUACAAACGUCUUCGGUGGGGGUUUGUUUUAAACGAAAAAAAUGUAUACGUUUCGGUUUUUUCGAUAUAUUAACUAUACGGAUAGGCAAUAACACAUUAAAUCGUAAUUUUUUUUCUACCAAAAAUCAUAGCGAUUUGAAUUUCGAAAACAGGUCGUCGUAUGAAUAAAAUAAAUUGAAAUAAAGGCCGCGGUGGGAGAUGAAUCUCCCCAAAAUAUCUAUCUCUCUCCCCCCACCCCCUGUAAAUACUCGACCGCUGCGGCCCGGCCUUGCCAAUACCGAACGUCAAAUUUAACUGUCGAACGAACAGAAUGUAUGCGCCGCAUUAUUAUUAUUAUUAUACACAAAUCGUAUCAUCUGUCUAUAAUAUACCUGCGUUACACGCGCAAUACGAUAAUAUCGUAAUAUCAUUACGCGACGCAUUGGGUUAUUGUACAUUAACAAUCGCAAUAAUAUAAUAUACUAUGCCGUACUUGUGAUCGUGUAACCAAUGAGCUUUGCGAUUUAAUGAAGGGGAGAAACCGUACGUCUGUUCGGUGAACGGAUGCAACAAGGCGUACUCGAACACGAGCGAUCGUUUCAAGCACACCCGAACGCACUUCAUCGAAAAACCGUACGCCUGUCGCGUGGAAAGCUGCCUGAAAAGGUAUACGGACCCGAGCUCGUUGAGAAAACACACUAAAAGUCACAGCCAUCAAGUGAAAAUGGUAAUGGGUACGUGUAUAUUAUUACUGUAUAGUAUAAAUUAUUAUUAUUAUUAUUAUUAUUAUUAUUUAUACCUAAAGCUGCAACAACCACUCGUCAGCAAAUAAUAAUUGGGAAGUAGGUAGACACUUAUAGGUACUACAACAACGAAAUUCAACAUCGUUAGUUGUUACUCGAUAAUUGUUAUUCAACAAACUACAACAUAAAAGUUGUAUACAGUGUGUUUCACUCAAAUGGUUCAGAACGAAAUAUAUCAGAUGGAAAGACUCGGAUUGGAAUGUACUUGUAUUUUAGUAAGAUCUUGGGGUGUUUCUAAAUACACAAAUUGAGCCUAUUUUUACAAUUUUAACUCACGGUGUAGUAUGACAAAACUAACAUUUUCUUAAAUAGGAAAAAUAUUUUUGAACUUCGGAUUCGAAUAGUCCCUAUCUUUGGAAAACAAAUUGGGGAUGUCAUUUUUUUAUUUGCAUUGUAAUUCUUUGAGUAGUACAGAAAAACCAUAAAAAAAAACCGUUGGAAAAUGAGAAAAUUUCAGGAAUAACGAUUUUUGUUAAUUUCGAUUUUGUUUUUUUUAUUGUAAUUCGGUUAAACAGAAUUGUAUAGGGACCAGAAAUAUUCAUCAAAUAUACUUCUACCUUUUGAAAUAUUUAUAACCGUUAGAAAUGUUUGGGCUUUUUUAGUUUCUAUUUGUCUUUAUAUGGAUAAAAUUGUUUUGACCUACAACAAAAAUAAUACAAAAUGUAUACGAGGUUCAGCAUAAGUUGUACUUAAUGGUAAAAAAAAAAGUUGAACGUAUAAUGUAGUAUUUUUUUUACCUAAAAAAAGUUUAUAAAGUUUAAUUUUUGAAAAAAAUCAUACAAUUCACGGAAUUUCAAUAAAAAGUUUUUCUUGCUUUUUAGUGUUUAGAUAAUAGAUAUUUGUUAAGUUUUUUCGGGUCUCGUUUUUUGUUAAGGAGCUCGUGGAUUACUGCAGGCUUCUUAGCGUCCUAAAUCCAGUAGUGUAUAUAAAAUUAACAAGUGGUCACAUACUACUGUUAUUACAAUAUUCUUAUCAUUGUAUACGCUAUAUCUGUGAUAGUACCUAUAUAAUAUAUCUAGCCGAAAACCCAACUAUCUUAGUUUUGGACGAUUUGUAAUUGUUCUAAAUAAUCAUAAAUAGGUACUUACUAUCUAUAAAUUUAUACCUGAGAUAAUAUAAUAGUUUAGUAUUUUGUUAGCAUAAAUGUUUAUUGAUGAUUUACUAGCCCAAGAUACGAAUCAAUAUGGUUCUUCGGCGAUCUUCGUAACUCCUAGUCGUCGACCUACGUAUUCCAUUUCCAAUAAUACCGCUGAACAACCGUUGGACUUGUCGGUUCGCUGGAAAAAUAUAUAAUGAAACUUCGAAGUAGUAUUAAACAUUUUACUGUCAUUGUAAAUUGUAUUGUUUAUAGUUUUAUUUUUUUAUAAAUAUGUUUAAUGUAAUCGUGUACAUGUGUAUUUGAAAAAUAUUAUAACAU